AUGCGAUCCGCUCGGCAGCCCAAGCGUCCGCCGAGUCCCAAAUCCUACAGAGCCACCCGCUGGCGGGUUCUGUUUGGGCGAAAUAGAGUUGUUCAAGCUUUAUUAACGGGGGGUGUUUUCGCAUUGUUGGCGGGGAACUUCAAGAACCUUUCUAAUGAGGGGACGGUCAUCGACUUCUUCCGGCCAAUUGACAAAGACACCUAUUGGGAAAGUCAUCGGGAGGAGGUCAAAGACGCGUUCCUAACCAGUUGGGACGCGUAUUCCAAGUAUGCGUGGGGCUACGAUGUCUUUCAUCCCAUCUCCAAGUCGGGCUCUCAAAUGAGUCCGAAUGGUCUUGGGUGGAUCAUUGUCGAUAGUCUGGAUACCUUGAUGAUCAUGAAUCUCACGACACAGCUUGGCGAUGCUCGCAAGUGGCUGCAUCGGGCUUUGACGUAUGACCAAGAUCAAGACGUGAACACGUUCGAGACGACCAUUCGCAUGCUAGGUGGACUGUUGUCUGCCCACUUCCUAUCGACUCAGCUUCCACAUGUGUCGUCUCGGCGAGACUAUAUCUACCUUGCCAAGGCGAUCGACUUGGCUGAUCGCCUUCUCAGCGCCUAUGAAUCGCGCUCGGGAAUACCAUACGCGAGUGUCAAUCUUGGCAGACGCCAAGGUCUCCCAUCUCAUGCUGACGGAGGCGCCUCGUCCACUGCAGAAGCCACAACCCUUCAAUUGGAGAUGAAGUACUUGGCCCAUUUAACGGGAAAUGAGAUCUACUGGCGGAAAGCAGAGAAUGUGAUUAAGGUGAUUGAUGAUCAUCGUAUGCGAGAUGGCCUGGUGCCCAUUUUCGUUCACCCAGAGACGGGAAGGUUUCAGUAUCGAGAAAUCCGGCUGGGGAGCCGCGGCGACUCCUACUAUGAAUAUUUGAUAAAACAAUAUCUUCAAACCUAUGGUCAGGAACCUAUCUACAGUGAGAUGUGGGAAGAGGCACUGGCAGGCAUUCAAAAACACCUCGUCACCACCACGAAGCACUCGAAUCUCAAGUUCAUCGCCGAACUACCGCAGGGAGUCGGCGGUAAACUUUCCCCGAAAAUGGAUCAUUUGGUUUGCUUUUUGCCAGGCUCUAUUGCAAUCGGCGCCACUGAAGGUCGGAAAGAGGCAGAGGCACGUCAGUUGCCUAGUUGGAACGCUAAAAAGGAAGAGCAGAUGAAGCUGGCAAAGGAACUCAUGAAAACCUGCUGGGCCAUGUAUGCAGUGACCGAAUCUGGCCUCUCGCCUGAGAUCGCCUGGUUUGAGGCAGACCCCAGCGACCUGGAGCCAGGCCCUGCGUCACGGCCCCAGACUAGAAGCAGUGAUGAUCCAAGCUCUUGGAAAAAAGAUUUCAUCAUCAAGCCCCUGGAUGCGCACAAUCUACAACGACCGGAAACCGUUGAAAGUCUCUUCUUGAUGUUCCGCGUGACAAAUGACCCUAUAUACCGAAAAUGGGGCUGGAAGAUUUUCAACGCAUUUCAAAAGCACACGCUGGUUCCCGAUGGGGAGGGAUACACGUCCCUGAAUGAUGUGACAAAGGCACAUCCACCACAGCGUGACAAUAUGGAGAGCUUCUGGCUGGCCGAAACACUGAAAUAUCUAUAUCUAUUGUUCUCUCCGGCCGACUUCAUUCCUCUCACAGAGGUUGUCUUCAACACGGAAGCCCACGUGUUACCUCGGUUUGAACCAAGUAAAUUCAAGACAGGGUGGUCACGUAAAGAAGACCGAUGA